AUGUCAUCGAAACAGGAGAAACCAUCUACCGUACCCAAGUUUUCCUCGUUUAAGCCUCACCUUGAGAAGCCUCAACCACAAAAUGAGGCCAAGCCUGAGGAACUGAAACAACGCGGUACGCUUUCUAUCUCAAGACGCGAACGCCAUGAUUCACCGGGAGUUAUAUCCCAUCACACGGAGAAAGCCAGUCAUAAUAAGCCCCCGCAGCGACCUUCCUCGCCAGAGCAAGAUAGAGACAGUUUUUUCGUAUACGAUAAGCGAGGUGACUCCUUGAUUCGGAGAUAUAGCGGUAACGAUCGCCGUGAUAUCCCUAAUUACCGCCGUUUUGGAUUCGGUCGUAUCUUAGGGGCCAAUGGCUAUAUGAAGAUUGACCAUACCGGUAGCCGUGAUGAAUUCUUUCUGCUAGGCUUUCGUGAAAGCGGUUCCUUGCUCGGUAGCGAUAGGAAAAGCCUUCUAGCCAAGGGCGGUCAUUUUAAAUCGCAACCUAUUAGAGUUCGACGAGAACAGUCCCAAACUGUGGCUGGCUCAGAGGACUUUGUACCCUUGAAGACAUCAAGAAAGCGAAAGCGGGAUAGGUCUGAACCGGCGGAUUCAUCGAGCGACGAAGGACAAGCCUAUAGGUCAAUCCAUGGCAAAAGCAAAAGCCAUGAACAUUCCGAUAGUGAUAUGGAUUACGGCAGCGAGACAUCUACAGGCUCGAGGGACCGAGGUGCGGAUGAGCCCACGAAUCUAAAGACGAUUGAGCUGUCUAGAAAGGUCCGUGACCAUCCGCAAGACAUCGAUGCUUGGCUAGAGCUCGUUAAUCACCAAGAUACUCUUCUGCGAAUAAGUGGACAAGAUAGUCAUCAUUCUACCGGAGCAGAGAUUAAGAGUUUUGCUAGUAUCAAACUGUCCUUACUUGAGCAAGCCUACUUUCAUGCAGCCACUGAUUCGCAGCGAGAGAGACUACAGCUAAGAAUCAUGCAAGAAGGUUCGAAGAUAUGGGAUAGCAUAACCAUUUCAAAAGAAUGGGAAUUGGCUCUGGGGAAACACGGAGUUAGUUUUGAAUUGUGGAGAGAGUAUACAAACUUCCAGCAGACAAAAUUAUCGACAUUUCAAUAUGACAAAAUCCAACGCCACUACGCCAAUCGUAUGAACCGGUUAGCAAGGGAAGCCCUGAUGGAACAAGACCGUUCGAACGAAUUUCGAAUGUACGAACAAAUGAUUUAUGUCUUCUUAAGAGCUACACGUUUCAUCGUAGAUUCUGGGUAUAAGGAACUUGGUAUAGCAGCAUGGCAGGCCGCCUUAGAAUUGACGUUUGCGCGCCCACCCACUUUAUCCGAGAAAAUAUCUAUUGCUCCACCAUUUGGCUUUAAGGAUUUUUGGGAAAGCGAAGUACCACGGAUAGGAGAGGAUGGAGCUUCGGGAUGGGCAACUUUCGAAGAAGGCGAGCAAACACUGGAACUUCCCGAGGCUAAAGCUCUAGAUGAAUUCAUAUCUCCAAGUACCCGAGAUGGUUAUAAAGCUUGGUCAAUCCUUGAGCAACACCAAGCUCGGGUGGCGGCAAAUCCCGUUCGUACCAUGGAUGUUGGACCAGAGGACGAUCCAUUCCGAGUCGUCAUGUACGCAGACAUCCAGGAUAUACUCUUACAUCUUCCGAACGAGGCUAUUCCUGGUCUUCAGUGUCAAUUGUUAGACGCGUUUUUGAUAUUCUGCCAACUACCUCCAGCGUUCUCUUCUAGCGAAAUUGUCCAGGAUAUGCUUCAGGAUAGUUUCCUCGCUCGUAGCCCGGCGGACCCAAUCACCAUAGAGAGCUCGCCUAGUCUGAUUAUAAAUACCGAGGGGCAGAAUAAAAGGCCGCCAGAGUUCUCACAUGACUAUGAGCGAAUGGAAAUCACACCAGAGGUUCUCUUCCCGGUACCUAAUUGGUUUAAAAAUAUGAAGAAGAUUCGAGGCGACGUUCCCGCGGAUCAAUACACGUGGAUUUCGACUACAUUAAAGCAGCUCGUUCGUAAAUUUGGCAUAGGUGAGCUGGGCCCAUACUAUCUCGCCUUUGAAUCUAUAAAUGAGCCCGGGCAUGAAAAGAAAACGGCAAAGGCACUCCUGAAAGAAGAUUCUACAAACGUCGACUUAUACUUAGGUUACUGCAUACUCGAAUGGACAAAAGGCAACAAGGAUAUCGCUCGCAUUACAAUUCCUGCUGCGAUGGGCUUGCCAGCCAUCUCAGUUUAUAGCAAGUUCUCCUUGAACAUUGCUGCCGCAUGGAUGGAGCUUGAAGAUGGCAACCUGACUAAAGCAACACUACAAUUAUGUAUCUUGUCAGAUGAUCCCCCCUCUACGAGAUCAAUAUCGGAAAGCCCACCAGCUUCCACAGCCCAGAUACUGAAGACAAGACAUUCCCUAUCAUCGAAACGAGACUAUUUGUUGUCGUUAGGCGAUGCCGAGAGUGCUAUCAUAUAUGCUGAAGGUCUAGCGCUACUUGAAUAUUUAACAGGGCAGAGUAAUAAGGAAGCCUCCAGCGGAAGCCAAGGGGAUAUUUGGUCUGCAAUAUCUAGUAUCUCUACCUGUUCCGAUGAGUUAGUAUCUCGAGAUCUUAGGAGUAGUUCAGCUCAUGAGAUACUACUCCAAUUUGCCGCUCGUUUACUUUACUACCAUGCUAGUCAAGGGCCAUUUAGACCCGGGUUCCUCCGCGAGCAGCUGACGAAGUACAUCAAUUUCUUCCCCCAAAACACAAUCUUCCUCAACCUUUACGCAUGGAGAGAAGCGCGACUUAGUAUCGACGAUAGGGUGCGUUCAAUCCUCGACAAAGUCGUUCUCGUUAAGCCACAUGACUGUAUUAGUAGUCGCGUGUUUGCCAUUCGAUAUGAGUCCCGCACAGGCAACAUACACUCAACGCGGGCAGCAUUCGAGCACGCCUUCGAAAGUGAAGCGUGCAGAAACCAUCCGGGCCUCUGGGUAUCGUAUAUCAGGUUCUGUCACGGCAGAAAGGAGCUGAGAGCCAAGGCUAAGAGCGUAUUCUAUCGAGCACUCCAGUGCUGUCCCUGGUCGAAGGAGGUGUUCAUGGAGGCGUUCGUCACGCUGGUUAGAGACAUGGAUUCUUCUGAGCUUAGGUCGGUGUAUAAUACGAUGUGCGAGAAAAGGCUGCGUGUCCACGUUGAGAUGGAGGAGUUUGUGGAGGGGUGGCGGAGGGAGCAUAAGGGGAAGGAUAGGGCAACACGGUAG